ACAUACAUAUCCCUCAACCCAUGUAAAUUGUCCCUCUUUUCCAUACUCACAUACCGCUUUUACUAGGUAUUCAUUCUAAGCCGCUCACCAAUACCGCACCCACCGACGCGUCUCUGCUGCAGUGCGAUAGACCAAGGUCUAAGAGCAAUAUUUGUUGAGCCUAAUCCGCUCAUUUAGAAUCAUGGGCUCCUUGCUUUCUGAGCGCGCGUAUAUUGGUACACGGUGAAAGGUCUAGGAUAUUGGCUGGAAACAGAUGGGCCGGCUUGAGGCGAGAAUACAGAAGUCGGACGCGAUGAGCCGCGAUCUUGUAUAUUUAACUCGGAAACCCCAGUUGUCGCCCGAUUCCGUGGAUUCGGGAUCAGACUCCACCGAAUAUGGACAAGAAGCGACUUUAGGGUCGCUAGGGACAGCUAGCAGCGAGCUUAUGGUAAUACCCGGAGUGGCCGGACCGUCUAGUAGUUCGGGACAGACUCCGAAGCCGAAGCCGACAGGUUCUAAUCACGGCCAUCGUAAACGAACACAUGCUCCCGAAGUCUGGGAAACGCAUAAGGCGGAGAUUGGCCGCCUUUACCUGGACGAGAAUAAACGGCUCAAGGAUGUGAUGGAAAUUAUGGAGAACCGAUGGGGCUUCCGAGCAUCUCAAAAGAUGUAUAAGACGAAGCUCACGCAAUGGAAAUUCUUCAAGAAUAAUCGCCAAGCUGACGUAGCAAAUCUCCUUUACUUGCAGCGUCACCGUCUGGCCAUCGGCAAAGAGAGUACUUUCCGUAGAAAUGGUAAAUUAAUCGACGUAGAGGCGUACAUGAGGAGAAGAGGGGUCAGCGCGUUCGAUCUCGUCGAAGUGGCGGACUCGGGCGACUUGCCGCCAACUGUAAGAUGCCGGACACCGCCUUCAAUCCCGAGGCUCCUGGACUCCCCUGGCGACCUCUGUAUCAAGGAGAAGUUCUUCCAAUGGACAUCUCAGAAAUUCAUCAAGCCCCGCCCGAUGGACACUGACUACUUGAAGAAGCUGGAUGCCCAUCAUACGAGCAAUGCCCUCCUUUCUGUCCAGCUGUUGACCCACGGAUGCUGGCUCUUCUCAGAAGGCCGUAAUCAGGAGGGUGGCUGGUUCUGUCGGGGUGCUUUUGCCCUUCUACACCAUAUUCUCGAGACAUCUGCGUCCCUAUCCUUCUUCGAAAUGAUGAUGGCGAUCCAAAGGUAUCCCAACGCAGAGAUCAUGAGGGAACUUUGGAGCUAUCUCUCGCGGUAUGCUGCCGCUAUUGAUGGGGUGAAUCAACCGCUGCAUCGGGUAUUGGUGUCUUUCGCCAGGUUUUCACAGCAGCACAGUUUAGAACACAAUGUCAACGUAUUAGACUGGGCCCUGCAGUGGGCCUCGGGUAGGUUUAAUAGCUCGUUCGACGGUAAACCAUUUGACUACACUCUACUGAAGCCGUGGGAUCUCGGGCCUAUAUGGGAUUCAUAUCACCGGUACUACUUAUGCCUGAAUCAUUGGGAAGUCGAUAAGAUACCAACAGCAACCCUACCAAAUCUAGACAAGGUUCAGGAUCCUUCGAACUUGCGAGCAGACUUACUACUUAUCUUUGGAAAUCAAUGUAGUUGGCGCGAUGAUAGACUCCCAAAAGUCGCGUUGAAAGUUCUAGAGCAGAACCAGUCGUCUCCUAAGCCUUCGGACUACCUCGAAUUUGUCGGCGAGUACUGCAUGGCCCGUUAUAGCAAGACGCGGUCUGAUGGGGACGAUCCUACGACGAGCGUCGACCAUAAACUAGCGAGGGAAUACCUGGAGUCGGCAGCCAACCUCCAAGGGAAAGCCUGGCCCCCCGGAAAGAACUAUUACGAAACCCUAACACUUCUCGAAAGCUGGUAUCAAGAGGCCAGCGACUACGAAUCUGCAGACGCCACUCGAAGAAAACGCGAUCAUGAUUGCGCAGAUAUAUUCAGCUCACUAUCCAGAUAGGCAAUCUCUUAGUGCCCGCGGGAGCAUCCCGGGGCUACGUCCUCCAUCUAAGAUACUGAAUACUAAGUUAUUUACUGGGUAGCAUUGGAUAUUUCGUCCUACCAAGCCAAGAUGCGACAUAUGCUAGCUUUUUCCAUUUAGAACCCUCUCACGAACGAUGGCACUA